ACGCGUUCUUCAAAGUGACGUGGCCUCAACUGACGGGUGUGCGAGCUUCCAGCAUCGUUACUAGUGUUUCCUCAUUUUUAAUAAAACAAUGUAUUAACCAGCCCCGAGGAUACUCUCGAAACCGUUUCGUAAGAUUGUUCCUGACAAGAUUCCAUUGUAUUCUCAAAAUUGGCAGCUGUCAGGUCUUUGCUCAGACUGAGAUAAAUCCCAGAACGAUAUGACGACGUAUGAAGAAUUUAUUCAACAAAACGAAGAUCGGGACGGAGUAAGGUUCACGUGGAACGUAUGGCCGUCGUCUCGAAUCGAAGCUACACGUCUUGUGGUUCCAUUGGGGACACUGUACCAGCCGAUAAAAGAGCGCCCAGACCUUCCGCCUAUUCAGUACGAUCCAGUACUGUGCACAAGAUCGACGUGCAGGGCGAUUUUGAAUCCACUUUGCCAGGUAGAUUACCGUGCCAAGCUCUGGGUCUGCAACUUCUGCUUCCAGAGAAACCCCUUCCCUCCACAGUAUGCAGCCAUUUCGGAACAGCAUCAGCCUGCUGAGUUGAUACCGAUGUUUUCUACCAUCGAGUAUACCAUUACCAGAGCGCAGUGUCUGCCACCGAUAUUCUUGCUUGUUGUGGAUACGUGUCUCGACGAAGAAGAACUGGGUGCUCUGAAGGAUUCGCUGCAGAUGUCACUUUCGCUCCUUCCACCUAAUGCGCUGAUCGGCUUGAUCACCUUUGGAAAAAUGGUUCAAGUUCACGAGCUGGGCUGCGAGGGGUGCAGUAAAAGUUAUGUAUUCCGGGGGACCAAGGAUCUCCAACCGAAACAGGUCCAGGAUAUGUUGGGUAUCGGAAGACCAGUCCCAGGGCAAAAUCCAAAUCCGCAAAGAGUACCUGGUGGUCAACCCCUUUCUCCAGCCAAUAGAUUUCUUCAGCCUGUCCAGAAAUGCGAUAUGAGCUUGACGGAUUUGCUAGGAGAGUUACAGAAAGAUCCGUGGCCUGUAGGUCCUGGAAAGCGACCCCUAAGAUCAACUGGCGUUGCUCUAGCUGUUGCAACCGGGCUGCUAGAAGCAAGUUACGCCAAUACCGGUGGGAGGAUCAUGUUGUUCGUGGGCGGAUUGUGCAGUCAAGGUCCAGGUCAAGUUGUCACCGACGAUUUGCGUCAGCCGAUUCGAUCCCAUCAUGACAUCCACAAAGACAAUGCUAAGUACAUGAAGAAAGCAACGAAGCACUACGACAGCUUAGCUGCACGUGCAGCUGCAAACGGUCACAUAAUCGAUAUAUACUCUUGUGCUCUGGACCAGACCGGACUACUAGAAAUGAGACAAUGUUGUAAUUCAACGGGAGGACACAUGGUUAUGGGAGAUUCUUUCAAUUCUUCACUCUUCAAACAAACGUUCCAACGUGUUUUUGCCAAGGAUCCAAAAGGAGAUUUGAAAAUGGCAUUUAAUGCAACACUGGAGGUAAAAACGUCAAGAGAAAUCAAAGUAUCCGGAGCAAUUGGUCCGUGUGUAUCGCUCAAUGUCAAAGGUCCUAGCGUCGGUGAACAAGAAGUUGGUUUAGGUGGUACUUGCCAGUGGAAGUUUUGUUCACUCAACCCUUCCACUACGACAGCUUUAUUCUUUGAAGUUGUUAAUCAACACGCCGCACCCAUACCCCAGGGCGGAAGAGGGUGCAUCCAGUUCAUCACGCAGUAUCAACACAGUAGUGGACAAAGGAGAAUCAGGGUCACUACUAUUGCCAGAAACUGGGCGGACGCGUCUACAUCAUUGCAUCACGUCAGUGCAGGCUUUGAUCAAGAGGCUGCGGCAGUUCUCAUGUCUCGGCUUGCUGUGUUUAGAGCUGAGACAGACGAUGGACCGGAUGUUCUUAGAUGGGUGGAUAGGAUGCUCAUUAGACUCUGUCAAAAGUUUGGAGAGUAUGCGAAGGAUGAUCCAAACAGUUUUAGAUUGGCAGAGAACUUUUCGCUGUACCCGCAAUUCAUGUAUCAUCUCAGAAGAUCUCAGUUUCUUCAAGUUUUUAACAACUCCCCGGAUGAGACCAGUUUCUAUAGGCACAUGCUUAUGAGAGAAGACCUGACAAAUUCUCUCAUCAUGGUACAGCCAAUCUUGUACAGCUACGGGUUUGGAGGUCCCCCAGAACCUGUCCUAUUAGACACAUCGUCGAUCCAACCGGACAGAAUCCUGCUCAUGGACACUUUCUUCCAGAUCCUUAUUUUCCAUGGAGAGAGGAUAGCUCAGUGGCGUCAACUGAAAUACCAAGAUCAACCGGAAUAUGAAAACUUUCGUCAGCUACUGGCAGCCCCUGUAGACGACGCAGCAGAAAUUCUGGCUGGGAGAUUCCCAGCUCCUCGGUAUAUCGAUACUGAACAAGGAGGUUCCCAAGCAAGGUUUCUUCUCAGUAAAGUCAAUCCGAGCCAAACUCACAAUAAUAUGUAUGCCUAUGGAGCGGGGACGCCGAUGCCCAAUGGGGAAAAUGGAGCACCUGUGUUAACAGACGACGUCAGUCUUCAAGUAUUUAUGGAGCACUUGAAAAAGUUGGCCGUAUCCUCCACAGCGUAGAUUAGGAAUUUAUACCUAAGGAAGAUUAGGCAUCAAAUUAUUUUGUAUUAAACAAAUUAUAAUUUAAUAAUCAUUUAAAUGGUUUGUAAGUAUAGCAAUUGAUAGACUUUAUAAAUGAUAUUAACGGAAUUCUUUCUGGAGGGAGUUUGAAAUUUCGUGCUUUAUUCUUGGUUCAUUCGACAAUAUAAUUUGUAAAGGAAACAUGUGAAUCCUGAAUAUAGAUAACACUAAACAUGUCGCAUAUAAUGUAAUCAUUUAUCCUUAAGCAUUCCAAAGCAGGAUCGACACUACCUUCUAUGUUUUAUUAAAUCAAAAUACCAAUAUUACAGGGUUUCACGAACUUCAUCAUUCUGACCUAGGAAUAAUAAAUGACAUACCCGAGAUUGUUAUAAUUACUGUAUGUAUGUACAUUCAUUAUAUAGUUAUGAAUAAUUGAUUGAUAAUAAUUAUCUACCUGAAAUUUCCCCUCAACUUAUCGACCAUAAAAAUUGAGCCCUGAAAUUA